AUGGCACCUCUGCCCCUCCUCCCGUCGCCAGCCUGGGCCCUGCUGGCCGCCCUGCUGCUCGCCUCGGCCGCGGCCGACGCCCCGUCGGUGGCCGACCAGGCCAAGAGCCAGCAGCCCCCGCCGCCGCCGUGCCACCUGGCCGGGAUGUGGGUGAACGAGCUGGGCUCCCGCAUGGUCCUCUCGGCCGCCAACGAGGCGGGCGUCUUCUCGGGCUCCUACCUGACGGCCGUGAGCGACGCCAACGGGGCCAUCACCGAGUCGCCCCUGCAGGGCGCGCAGCACCACCCCGCCCGGGCCGCCCAGCCCACCUUCGCCUUCACCGUCCACUGGCGGUUCUCCGACUCGACGACGGCCUUCGUGGGCCAGUGCUUCGUCGACGAGCAGGGCGAGGAGACCCUGGAGACCCUCUGGCUGCUGCGCAAGAAGGUGGCCUCGCGGGCCGAAGACUGGAAGGCCACCCUGGUCGGCAAGAACGUCUUCAUGCGAGUCAAGUGAGAGGAGCCGG